AUGGAUUACGAGAACGACCCAGGAUGGAAGUACCUUCGCCGCACCCGCGAGCAAAUGCUUGAGGUAUUCAUUUUAUUUCUUUUUUUUUGUUGAAUAUCACAUAUUUUUAACAGUAUUUUUCAUAUAUAAUUUCUUAUUUUUCAGGAUCAAUCAAAACCAUAUGAUUCCAAGAAAAAUGUCUGGAUCCCAGAUGCCGAAGAGGGAUACCUCGAGGCUAUUAUCACCAAAACAGCUGGAGACAAUGUAACUGUUUCGCUUGGACAAGGUAACGAGAAAACAAUCAAGGCAGAUUUGGUCCAAGAAAUGAAUCCACCAAAAUUCGAGAAAACCGAAGACAUGUCCAACUUGACUUUCUUGAAUGACGCUUCAGUUUUGUACAAUUUGAAAUCUCGUUAUGCAUCUAUGCUUAUCUAUGUAAGUUUUUUUCAAUAUAAUUCUGUCAGUUUUCUCAUGUUUCUUAAUUCUAGACUUACUCUGGUCUUUUCUGUGUCGUAAUCAAUCCAUACAAACGUCUUCCAAUUUACACCGAUUCGGUUGCCCGUAUGUUCAUGGGAAAACGACGUACCGAAAUGCCACCACAUUUGUUCGCCGUCUCUGACGAAGCCUACAGAAACAUGUUGCAAAACCAUGAAAAUCAAUCCAUGUUGAUUACCGGAGAAUCUGGAGCCGGAAAGACUGAAAACACCAAGAAGGUUAUUUCCUACUUCGCCGCCGUCGGUGCUGCUCAACAAGAAACUUUCGGUGGAAAGAAGGCUGAUGCUGAUCCAAAUGUCAAGAAAGUCACUUUGGAAGAUCAAAUCGUUCAAACCAAUCCAGUUUUGGAAGCUUUCGGUAACGCCAAGACUGUUCGUAACAACAAUUCAUCGCGUUUCGGUAAAUUCAUCCGUAUUCAUUUCUCGAAACAAGGACGUGUCGCUUCUUGCGAUAUUGAACAUUAUCUUUUGGAAAAAUCUCGUGUUAUCCGUCAAGCUCCAGGAGAGCGUUGUUAUCACAUUUUCUACCAAAUCUUCUCCGAUUUCCAACCAAAAUUGAAGGAAGAGCUUCUCCUCAACAAACCAGUCAAAGAUUACUGGUUCAUUGCUCAAGCUGAAUUGAUUAUUGAUGGAAUCAACGAUACUGUAAGUGAAAACCUUUAGAAAAUCUUCUGUGAUUUUAAAAUCAAUAUGAAAUGUAUUUCAGGAAGAACAUCAAUUGACCGAUGAAGCUUUCGACAUUCUCAAGUUCUCACCAAGAGAAAAGAAGGAAUGUUAUCAAUUGGUCGCUGCUAUGAUGCACAUGGGUAACAUGAAAUUCAAACAACGUCCACGUGAAGAACAAGCUGAACCAGAUGGUACCGAUGGUAAGUUAUUUUUCAUAUUCAGUUGGAGAAUAUUAAAAAUUUUCUAUGAUUUCGAAUUUUUACAAACCGAUAAGUGGUUCAUUGUUGACUUUGCGCGUGGGACAGAUCUUUUCUGUUUCUUUUCUUUUUCGUUUUUCUCGGAAAAAAUAUCUUCUUUUUUUAUCCUAUCCCAAAGUAAAUAUUACUAUAUCAACAGGGAUAAGAUAACUAACUACGUUUAUCCCACAAAAAUUUGAUUUUGAUAAAACAUAGACAAUCGAGAAGAUUUGAAAAUCAAAUCAUGUUAUUACAGAUGCUGACAGAGCCGCCAAGAACUACGGAAUUGACACCGAUGAAUUCUUGAAGGCUUUGACUCGUCCAAGAGUAAAGGUCGGAGCCGAAUGGGUCAACAAGGGACAAAAUUUGGAACAAGUCAACUGGGCUAUCGGAGCUAUGGCUAAAGGUCUUUAUUCAAGAAUCUUCAACUGGCUCGUCAAGAAAUGUAACCAAACUCUUGAUCAAAAAGGUAUCUCCCGUGAUCACUUCAUUGGUGUCCUCGAUAUUGCUGGUUUCGAAAUCUUCGAUGUAAGAAUCAUAUUUUCAAAAAUUUAAUUUUUAAUUUUGUAAUUUUUUUCAGUUCAACUCUUUCGAACAAUUGUGGAUCAACUUUGUCAAUGAAAAACUUCAACAAUUCUUCAACCAUCACAUGUUCGUUUUGGAACAAGAAGAAUACGCUCGUGAAGGAAUUCAAUGGGUUUUCAUUGAUUUCGGUCUUGAUUUGCAAGCUUGUAUUGAGCUCAUUGAGAAGGUAACAAUUUAUAAAAUUUAUAUGAAAUAUCUCUAAUUUGUUUCAGCCACUUGGUAUCAUUGCUAUGCUCGAUGAAGAAUGUAUUGUUCCAAAAGCCAGUGACCAAACUUUGGCUCAAAAACUCAUCGACCAACAUCUUGGCAAACAUCCAAACUUCGAAAAGCCAAAACCACCAAAGGGAAAACAAGCCGAAGCUCACUUCGCCAUGCGGCAUUAUGCUGGUACAGUUCGUUACAAUGUUAUGAACUGGCUUGAAAAGAACAAGGAUCCUCUCAAUGACACCGUUGUCACCGUCAUGAAAGCAUCAAAGGUCAAUGCUCUUCUCAACGAAGUCUGGCAAGAUUACACCACCCAAGAAGAAGCCGCCGUCGCCCAAAAGGGAGCUGCUGGUGGAAAGAAGAAGGGAAAAUCUGGAUCAUUCAUGACUGUUUCUAUGCUCUACAGAGAAUCAUUGAACAAAUUGAUGACCAUGUUGAACUCAACUCAUCCACAUUUCAUCCGUUGUAUCAUUCCAAAUGAAAAGAAGGCCUCUGGAGUUAUUGACGCUUCUUUGGUUCUCAAUCAAUUGACAUGUAAUGGUGUCUUGGAAGGAAUUCGUAUUUGUAGAAAGGGAUUCCCUAACAGAACUCUUCAUCCAGAUUUUGUUCAACGGUAUGCUAUUUUGGCUGCUGAUGAAUCACUCAUCGGAAAAACUGAUGCCAAGAAAGGAUCAGCUGAUAUGUUGGCUCGUUUGGUUAGAGAAAAGAAAUUGGAAGAAGAUAACUUCCGUGUUGGUUUGACCAAAGUUUUCUUCAAGGCUGGUAUUGUUGCCCAUUUGGAAGAUUUGCGUGAUACCACUCUUGCUAGACUUAUUACUGGUCUUCAAGCUCAAUGCAGAUGGUACUUCCAAAUUGUGAGUUUUUUAUUUAUUUAUUUAUAAAUCAAUCAAUUAAUUUGAAAUGUUCUAGAUCGAGAAGAAACGUCUUGCCGAAAAAGCCGAAGCUUACAAAGUUAUCCAAAGAAACAUCCGCAGCUGGGGAGCAUUGCGCACCUGGUCGUGGUUCAGACUUUACGGAAAAGUCAAGCCACUCGUCAACUCUGGAAAGAUUGAGGCUCAAUAUGAGAAGCUACAAGAGACUGUUGCCACACUCAAGGACACCUUGGUGCAAGAAGAGGAGAAGAAACGUCAACUCCAAGAGGGAGCUGAACGUCUCACAAAGGAGACCGCCGAGCUCUUGGCUCAAUUGGAAGCUAGCAAGGGAAGCACUCGUGAAGUUGAGGAGCGUAUGUCUGCCAUGAAUGAGCAAAAGGUUGCUCUCGAAGGAAAAUUGGCUGAUGCCAACAAGAAAUUGGAAGUUGAAGAAGCUCGCGCUCUUGAAAUCAACAAGCAAAAGAAACUUGUUGAAGCCGAAUGUGCUGAAUUGAAAAAGAGCUGUCAAGAUGUUGAUCUUUCAUUGAGAAAGGUUGAAGCCGAGAAGAACGCCAAGGAACAUCAAAUCCGCGCUCUUCAAGAUGAAAUGCGUCAAGCUGAUGAAAACAUCUCAAAAUUGAACAAAGAGAGAAAGAAUCAAGAAGAAACCAACAAGAAAUUGAGCGAAGACUUGCAAGCUGCUGAAGAGCAAAACUUGGCUGCCAACAAAUUGAAGGCCAAACUCAUGCAAUCGCUUGAAGAUUCUGAACAAACCCAAGAGCGUGAGAAGAGAAACCGCGCUGAUAUGGACAAAGCCAAGAGAAAGGCUGAAGGAGAGCUCAAGAUUGCUCAAGAAACUUUGGAAGAGUUGAACAAAUCAAAGAGCGAUGCUGAAAAUGCUUUGAGACGCAAGGAAACCGAAUUGCACAAUUUGGGAAUGAAAUUGGAAGACGAACAAGCCGCCGUUUCCAAACUUCAAAAGGGAAUUCAACAAGAUGAAGCCCGUAUGAAGGAUCUUCAAGAUCAAUUGGCUGAUGAGAAAGAUGCUCGUCAACGUGCUGAUAGAUCAAGAGCUGAACAACAAGCUGAAUUCGAUGAGCUCAAUGAGCAACUCGAAGAUCAAAUCCGCGCCACUGCUGCUCAAGUUGAACUUGGAAAGAAGAAGGAUGCUGAACUCGCCAAACUCCGUCGUGAUUUGGAAGAAGCUGGACUUAAAUUCGGAGAGCAACUCACCGUUUUGAAGAAGAAGGGAACUGAUGCUAUCCAAGAAUUGGGAGACCAAGUCGAACAAUUGCAAAAGCAAAAGAACCGCAUCGAAAAAGAGAAGGCUCAAAUGCAACGCGAAUUUGAUGAAUCAUCAGCUGCUCUUGAUCAAGAAGCUAAGGCUCGUGCUGACCAAGAAAGAGUUGCCAAGGGACAUGAAGUCAGACUUCUCGAACUUCGUCUUAAGGCUGACGAACAAUCUCGUCAAUUGCAAGACUUCGUUUCAUCCAAGGGACGUUUGAACUCUGACAACUCUGAUCUUGCUCGUCAAGUCGAAGAAUUGGAAGCCAAGAUUCAAGGAGCUAACCGCCUCAAACUUCAAUUCUCCAACGAAUUGGAUCACGCUAAGAGAUCAGCUGAAGAGGAAAGCCGUGAACGUCAAAACCUCUCGAACUUGUCCAAGAACUUGGCUCGUGAACUUGAACAACUCAAGGAAUCAAUCGAAGACGAAGUUGCCGGAAAGAACGAAGCUACUCGUCAACUCCAAAAAGCCACCGUCGAACUCGAACAAUGGAGAACCAAAUUCGAGACCGAAGGACUUAUUGGAGCCGAUGAAUUUGAUGAGGUCAAGAAACGUCAAAACCAAAAGACUUCCGAAAUUCAAGAUGCUUUGGAUGCAUGUAACGCCAAGAUUGUUGCUUUGGAGAAUGCUCGUAGUCGCUUGACAACUGAAGCUGAUGCCAACAGACUUGAAGCUGAACAUCACGCUCAAGCUGUUUCCUCUUUGGAGAAGAAACAAAAAGCUUUCGACAAAGUCAUCGAUGACUGGAAGAAGAAGGUUGAUGACCUUUACCUCGAAUUGGACGGAUCUCAAAGAGAUGCUCGUCAACUCUCCGGUGAAGCUCACAAACUCCGUGGACAACACGAUACUUUGGCUGAUCAAGUCGAAGGACUCCGUCGCGAAAACAAAUCGUUGAGCGAUGAAGUUCGUGACCUUGGAGAACAACUCUCUGAAGGAGGACGUGCCACUCACGCUUUGUCCAAGAAUCUCCGUCGUUUGGAAAUGGAGAAGGAAGAACUUCAACGUGGACUCGAUGAAGCUGAAGCUGCUCUUGAAUCCGAAGAAAGCAAGGCUCUCCGUUGUCAAAUUGAAGUCUCUCAAAUCCGCGCCGAAAUCGAAAAGAGAAUCGCCGAGAAGGAAGAGGAAUUCGAAAACCACCGCAAGGUUCAUCAACAAACCAUCGACAGCAUUCAAGCCACUUUGGACUCCGAGACCAAGGCCAAAUCCGAACUUUUCCGUGUCAAGAAGAAGUUGGAGACCGACAUCAACGAAUUGGAGAUCGCCCUCGACCAUGCGAACCGUGCGAACGAAGACGCCCAAAAGAAUAUCAGGUUUGUACAGGCUUUUCUUCGGUGCAUCAUUUUUAUUUUCAUUAUUUUUUCAGACGUUAUUUGGACCAAAUCCGCGAGUUGCAACAAACCGUUGAUGACGAACAAAAACGUCGUGAAGAAUUCCGUGAGCAUUUGUUGGCCGCUGAGAGAAAACUCGCUGUUGCCAAACAAGAACAAGAAGAACUCAUCGUUAAACUCGAAGCUGUAAGAACUUUUUGAAUGACUUUUCAAAUCAAAUUCUAAUUUUUCCAGAUCGAGAGAGCUCGCCGUGUUGUUGAAGCUUCAGUCAAGGAGCAUCAAGAGCAAAACAACGAGCUCAACGCUCAAAACGUUGCCUACGCUGCCGCCAAGAGUCAACUCGACAACGAAAUUGCACUCCUCAAGAGCGAUAUCGCUGAAGCUCAUGCUGAAUUGUCCGCCUCCGAAGACCGUGGACGUCGCGCUGCUGCCGAUGCCGCCAAGUGAGUUGUUUUACUCACAGUAACCCGUAUCAUCAUUUUUUUUCCAGGCUCGCUGAAGAUCUCCGCCACGAGCAAGAGCAAUCUCAACAACUCGAAAGAUUCAAGAAACAACUCGAGAGCUCCGUCAAGGUAAACAGAUAAGCCCUAACUUUAUCUCUCAACUUUUUUGUGUAUUACAGGAUCUUCAAGAGCGCGCUGACGCUGCCGAAGCUGCGGUGAUGAAGGGAGGAGCCAAGGCUAUCCAAAAGGCCGAACAACGCCUCAAGUCUCUUCAAACCGAUUUGGAAACCGAAACCCGCCGCGCUGGAGAAGCUACCAAAACAUUGGCUCGCGCUGACCGCAAGGUUCGCGAAUUCGAAUUCCAAGUUUCUGAAGACAAGAAGAAUUAUGAUAAAUUGCAAGAAUUAGUCGAAAAACUCACCGCCAAACUCAAACUCCAAAAGAAACAACUUGAUGAAGCCGUAAGUUUAUUACUUAUUUUUCUUGAUUGAUUCGAAAUACAAUUGUGGAAUUUUUUAGGAAGAACAAGCCAACAACCAUUUGAGCAAAUACCGAUCCGUUCAAUUGUCCUUGGAAACCGCUGAAGAAAGAGCCGAUUCCGCUGAACAAUGCCUCGUCCGAAUCCGAAGUCGAACGCGCGCCAACAACGAGCAAAAGUAG